GGGCGGCCGCGGGGCUGAGCUUCACUCCUCGGCAGAUCGGAGCUCGGUUCAGUGUGUGCGGGUGUGAGAUGGACCGAGGGCGCUCCUUCGACUAGCACAGUCUGCUCGAGACGCUUUUCAAACCGCUCUGAUCGUAGAUGCGAUCGGGUCUCCGAAAAACGAUAGGGAAAAAAACGAAAGCAGCAACAAAAAACGAAUAACUAGCCCAUCUUUCACAUCCACUCCACACACACUAACACGGCAUUGAUGGUAAUGUAUGCAAGGAAACAACCGAGACUCAGUGAUGGGUGCAACGACAGAAGGGAUCCCCAGUCCUAUCAGACUCUUAAAUACCCAUCAAAGAGCCACCCAGGCAAUGAUCACCGCCAUGAGAAGAUGCGCGGCGACUCGGACCCUACUCCUCCCUGCAAAGUGCUUCGCCGGUCAGACAGCCCCGACAACCGGCAUGGUGACGGCAUGUCACAGAACAGGGCAAAAGCCAUCCAGUCACAUCGGGCCAGAGACAGAGAUGGAGGGACCAGUUAUUCUCCUCAAGAAAAUUCACACAAUCACAGUACUUUUCAUAGCUCAAAUUCACACUCUAACCCAAGCAAAACGUCAGACAUACCUUAUGAGCCUCCGGACGACUGGUCCGAACACAUCAGCUCUUCUGGGAAAAAAUACUAUUACAACUGCAAGACCGAGGUCUCCCAGUGGGAGAAGCCCAAAGAGUGGCUGGAGAGAGAGCAGAGACAAAAGGAAGCUACCAAGAUGGCUGUCGUCAACAGUUUCCCCAAGGAUAGGGACUACAGGCGGGAGGCUAUGCAGGCUACAUCUGCCGGCGCUUUUGGCAGCACAAAAUCUUCUGCGGUAGACAAGCCAGUGACCCACCCCUGCGGCCCCCAGCCCUCCCCCGCUUCUGGUCUGAACCCGUCGGCUGCCCCACAGGGCUCGUCAGCCCCCACUGUGCCCGUGUCCCCUGUCCCCCAGUCCCCGGCAGCACCGCCUCCGCUCCUCCAGGACCCCAACAUUCUGCGCCAGCUGCUCCCAGCACUUCAGGCCACACUGCAGCUAAACAACACCAGCGUGGACAUGUCCAAGAUCAGUGAAGUCCUUACAGCUGCGGUCACACAAGCUUCACUGCAAUCAAUGCUUCAUAAGAUCCUCACAGCUGGACCAUCUGCCUUCAACAUCACCCCUCUGCUUUCGCAAGCUGCACAGCUGUCUACACAAGCCCAGCAAUCGAGUCAGUCUCCAAUGUCGCUAACAUCCGACGCCUCAUCGCCGAGGUCAUACGUCUCUCCGCGGAUAAGUACGCCGCAGACGAACACCAUUCCCAAGCCCGUGCUCAGCACGCCUCCCGUGUCAUCACAGCCUAAGGUUAGCACGCCGACAGCGAAGUCGGGACCAGUUCCGCAGGUGGUGCCAGCGUCGCAGCCGCCCGUCAGCGUGGAGAAGCCAGGGCAUGAAGCUGCCUCCCCACGCACAUUUCAGCGGCACAGUUGCCAGAGGAGUCCCUCCCCGGGCUUGGACCACAUCGCUGGUGGCAGCAGCAGCAACAGUCUGAGCAGCGUAGCUCCCGAUGUCCCUGUGAAACCCGUGUGUUCACUGACACCUUCUCUGGUGGCACACUUCAAUGAAAAUCUCAUCAAACACGUUCAGGGCUGGCCGGCCGACGCUGCAGAGAAGCAGGCAUCCAGGUUACGCGAAGACGCCCACAACAUGGGCAGCAUCUACAUGUCCGAAAACUGCACAGAGCUGAAAAACCUGCGGUCCUUAGUUCGGGUUUGUGAAAUCCAAGCUACAUUACGCGAGCAGAGGAUAUUAUUUCUGAGACAGCAAAUUAAGGAACUUGAAAAGCUGAAGAACCAGAAUUCCUUUAUGGUCUGAGACCCUGGAGGAGCAGAAGACAUUGCACAUGGCGUAUUGGACCCCCCCCCCUCCCCCACCCCUCCCGCGAGAUUGGUGUUCCAAACAUCAGAACCUGGUGUUCUGAGCCCAGUCUUAACACUUUCAAGCAGCCACUGUGCCGGCUUUGGACCGGGGGGUGGGGGUGGGGGUGGGCUGGGCUGUCGGGCUUGGGCCACAGGGAAAGGGUGGCUUUAGCAGAGGGGGUGGUAAUAUGCUUUCUGAAGCCCUCCGUUUAGUUUGUUCCCCCCUCCUUCCUUUGGAUGUAUUCAUGUUGUAAAUAUGUUUUGUAGAGUGAAGCCAUGAAAACCCAUGCGAACUCAGCUUUGACACCCAAACUAAUCAGCGCUCUGGUGGCUAAAUGCACAGCCUUUCUACAUGUUAACUUGUCUGCAGAUGUUGCGCUUUCGUCAGUAGGUCUGUGAACCAUUGCCUCGAGUCUGCGUGAGCAGCUGCAUGCGAGCUGUGCAGCACUUAUGGCGUCUUUCUGAAACUGGCUCAUCUUUUUAAUAACUAUUAAACAAUCUAUCUGUUCGCUGCCUCUGACAGGACUCCAGUUUGUUUUUUUUUUUUUUGUUUUUUUUAACUCCUCCCAUCUCCUAUUCAAAUGAACAUGACAGAUAACCCCCCCCCCCCCCCCCCCUCCAUUACCGUUCUGGUAGACUUGAUGCCUGGUAGCAAUGGCUCAGAGAUGCAUCCGACCACCAAGCUAGAAUUUUCCUAGAAAUAAAGCCAGUGCUUAAUGGUUUGAAGUCAUGGAACCCCCCCCCCCCCACACACACACACACACACACCCCAGUGCUCACUGGAGCAGUAUAUUUGUAACUCAGGAGUGAGGAGCAUCCCCUGCUCUCAAGAGCACAAAUCUCAGCCCUGUGUGGAAGGGUGGUGUUGGCCCUCAUACUCUCUCUCUCUUUAGAACUAUUUUGCUUGAGUUUUUUUUUUUUUUAAUAUAAGGUUAUUUGACACCUUUGGGUCAAGCGAAAUUUCUUUCCUUUGUACAGUUACUACAAUUAAUAAUGAGGUAAAAUGUUAUUAAACUUUGCCAUUGAUUACUGCUAUAUGACGAAAGUCACGAAGUUAAAUUAUUUCGACACUUGGUCCCUUGCGCCAUCUAUUGGCGUACUGGGGUCACUGGCGAGACAUCCCGGACAGAUCCGUCACUUAAAAUCAAGUUACACUCGAUAGCCUAUUAGCUUUGUGAGGACGCAGAUGUUUAGUUUGUAUUGUAAUAAGGUGAAGUAAAGCGAGCAGGGGUUUUUAAGCGGUCAGGUUUUCGCAAUGCAGAGCCCAUUCUGAAUUUGAUUCCCCAUGUUUCUUGAGUGUCGUAACUUUUUCUGUUCUAUUUUUUUUGUACGCAAAAUGACGGCGGGAUGAAAGCACCUGACCUGACAUCGCACUGUUUUGUGUUUGUCUUUAGCUUUAUCGUCCUGCUCAGAACUACUUUCUCGAAUGGGGCAUUUGUAAAUGUGACUCAAGAUACAACUGACCACAAAUCAGCAUCAAACACACGAGUAGCCUACGUCUGGUUGGACUGUACACCGCUGUUCAGAAAUUAGUGGAGAAGCUCGGCUUUGUAUAUUGUUUCCUAAAGUAUAUUAAAAAUAAAAAAAUAUGCUAC